AUGGCCAGCAGCUCGGCCUCUUCGGAUAACCACGGCCAGUACCUGUCGGAGACGUCGUCGAGAUCCCUGACAAACACUGUCACCGUGGCGCACAAUUUCGAGAUCACCAAUUACUGGGAGCUCGACGGCAUGGGCAUCGGCGAGUACAUCUGCUCCAGCACGUUCAGUGCCGACGGCUACGACUGGAAUAUCAGGUUUUUCCCAAAGUCCAUGCCGGGGAAGAAGCAGCAUCUGCCUCUUGACGAUGGCCGCUUCACAAUCAGGUGUGUUUUGACAGUCAUGACGCAUCACACGCAAGAUGUAAGCUCCGUCGCAGUACCCCAAUCGAACCUGCACAAUCAGUUGGUGGAGAUGAUGAAGGAUGAGGAAAGCACUGACGUGACAUUCAGCGUCGGCGACCAGCUGUUCCAUGCCCAUAGGUGCAUGCUGGCCGUGCGAUCGCCGGUAUUCAAGGCGGAGCUCUUUAGUGAUAUGGAGGAGAAUGCUACUCGGCACAUCAAGAUCGAUGACAUGGAGCCCGCCAUCUUCGGGGCGCUUCUUCGUUUUAUCUACACGGAUGACUUCCCUGAUGGUUGCGGCGUUGAUAAGGACGCACCAUUGCAGCACCUGUUUGUCGCCGCCGAUCGGUAUGGACUGGAUAGGCUAAGCGCGAUGUGCGAAGGGAAGCUAUGCCAAAGUAUUGACGUGCAUAUAGUUGCAAGCACACUUGCCUUAGCAGAACAGCAUCACUGCAUGCAGCUCAAGAAUGCUUGCCUUGGAUUCGUGUCUUCACAUGGUGUGCUCGCUCAAAUCCGGGAAACCGAAGAUUUCAGGCACCUGAUAUUGAGCUGCCCUGCGAUUCUAGAUGAGAUUAUAGACAAGGCUGCUGUCGCUACGGGUAGAGUUGUCAAAAGGGCUCGACGUUCCUGA